AUGCAGAACGAUUCAGCCAUGCACUCCAACGACGGCUUCAAGGUCUUCAUCAACAAGAUGAUCCGCCGGAGAAAGGAGACCAAGAGGGCCAUGGAAAUCUCCGCCCCAUUUGACUUUAAGAAGUGCAACCUCGACCUCGCCGGCAUCAGCGCCGAUGAAAUCGCCAUGCUCAAGGAACAAGCCGUCGCGAGCCGCAUCGGUAUUGCAGACUUCGACUCGGAUUACCCCGUCAGGCCAAUGUUCUCUAUCCAGCCCGUCAUGUCCAGCGCCUCCAUCUCUUCCAUCUCCACCAUUGGCAGCUCCUACCGAUGA